AUGGCUGAUCAGAACUGGGGCCCGGCCGACUCCCAGACCGAGGCCGGAGGCGCCACUACCACGAACAACGGUGGUGCCUUUGGCACUGCCGAGCUUCGUGGAGCUAUGCCGACUAGCGACGACCAGAUCGUCACCUCGGCGACGGAGCCAAUCAACUGGGCUAAUCCUGUUCCAUACGACUACACUGCGUACGCCAAGAACGAUUCUGGCGGCCACAAGUGGGACAGCAACGUCAAGGUGUACGAGUGGAAUGGCGAGGAGGGCGAUAUUGGUCCCGAGUUCCCGGACCUCGAGAUCGAGCUCUUUGGCCAGCCUGACAAGCGUCAAGAUGGUCGUGGCAUCGACUUCAAGGGAAUUUCAGAGAUCGAGUUGACUCAGGAAGGCCCGACCCGCGUCCAGCCCAUUGCAACCUUCAAGGAUGCUGGCCUCCACCCUGCCAUGUUGAAGAACGUGCAGUUGGCUGGCUAUGAUGUCCCGACCCCGAUCCAGCGGUACUGCCUGCCGGCCAUCCAUCUCGGCUAUGAUGUGAUUGGUAUCGCACAGACCGGUUCGGGCAAGACUGCUGCUUUCCUGAUCCCCAUUUUGAACAAGCUCAUGGGGAAGGCCAAGAAGCUGGCCGCUCCGCGCCCCAACCCUGCUACCUUUGUGGAGGGAGUCUCCCCUAGGGUCCGCGCCGAGCCCCUGGUGGUCAUUGUCAGCCCUACUCGGGAGCUGGCGGUGCAGAUCUUCAACGAGGCUCGCAAGUUCUGCUACCGUACCAUGCUGCGCCCCUGCGUCGUCUAUGGCGGUGGAGGUUUCCGCGAGCAAGAGGAGCAACUUCAAAAGGGUUGUGAUGUUUUGAUUGCCACCCCGGGUCGUCUGAUUCACUUUAUCAACAAUCCUCAGACUUUGACCCUUCGCCGUGUCCGCUACAUGGUCAUUGAUGAAGCCGAUGAGAUGUUGAUGGAUGACUGGAAGGAUGACCUGACUACUAUCAUGUCAGGCGGUGAGCAGGAGGAGGGCAACAUCAAUUACAUGUUGUUCUCUGCCACCUUCCCCAAGGGUGCUCGCGACCUGGCUAGAACUCAUCUAGCUGAAACGCAUGUUCGCCUCCGCGUUGGCCGUGCCGGCAGCUCGCACACUAACAUCAAGCAGACCAUCGUCUACGUGGACCCGUCCUUGAAGAGGCAGGCCUUGAUUGACCUGAUCAAAUCCUUGCCUCCCACUCGAACGAUCAUCUUUGUGAACUCCAAGCGCGCCGCCGAGGAGGUCGAUGACUUCCUCUUCAAGGAGGGCAUGCCGUGCACCUCUAUGCACAGCGAUCGCAAUCAGCUUGAGCGCGAGGCCGCCAUGCGUGGGUUCCGCAGUGGAAAGUGGCCCAUUCUCGUGACCACAGGCGUCACUGCCCGUGGUAUUGACGUGCGCAACGUGAUGCAUGUGGUCAACUACGACUUGCCGUCCAUUGAUCAUGGCGGCAUCGAGGAGUACACUCAUCGCAUUGGUCGAACCGGUCGUAUUGGCCACCGUGGCCUUGCGACCUCCUUCUAUUCGGACAGGGACGAGCCCCUUGCUUCGGUGUUGACCCGCACCUUGAUGGAGACCAACCAGGAGAUUCCCGACUUUCUCGAGAAGUAUGUUCCCGAGGGUGCCACCAAGGAGAAUUUGAAGUUCGAGGCGGAUUCGGACUUUGAGGAAGACAUGUAUGGCUCCGGUGGUGCCGGUGGUGCCUAUGGUGCCGAUGGUACCGAUGGUGCCGAUGGUGCCGAUGGAGGCUGGGCUGCCGGCGGUGGCGAUGCUGGCGAUGCCGCUGCGGGUGGCUCUGACUGGAACAAAGCUGGCGGCGACAAUGCUGAGGGCGCUAGCGGUUGGGGUGCCAGUGGCUCGACUGAGCCGGAGGUCCACAACUGGUAA